UGUUUUGAAUCGAGUUUUGUUUCUAACUUAUGAUUACUGAUUUGGACCAGAAUUUGCAAAAAUGUCAUCAUUUUUCGUGCCCUAUGACGGUUAUCAACCGAAAAACAACGAAUGGAAUGGAUAUAGCGUGAUAUUACCAUGUAUUUCAGUGGGUAACGUUCCGCAAUUAUCAAUCGAUCUGCUGAUCAAUCGAUUUCUUACAAAUUGCAAUCGUUCAACCGAUUCCUCGGAUUUGGAAUUGAUUGGUUACCUCGAUUCGCCGUAUGUACGACCGUUUGCUGGUCCUGAUCCGUUCCGAUUGGAUGGUAGUUUAUUAUCAACUUCGUUGCAGGUUUUUGUUUCGAAAAGUAAAAAAUUGAUUCUGAUACAACAACGGUCGCCAAUAUACAAAGAAUAUCGUGACCAAUUUUAUCAACAAAUACUGCAAUGGUUAUCGUGUCAUCGAUUCGAAUUGAUAAUUGUAUUAUCAUCAACAUUCGAUCAAUUUUUGGCUCCCGAAUUUGUCAAUGACGAUCAAGAGGGUAUCCCGAUUCGUUAUCUAUCGAACAAUCUGAAGAAAGAAACCGAAUCCUUUUUGAAUGAAAAAUUGGCCAUCAAACCGGUGAUGAAAGUAGACCCCGAAUCGAUGCGACCAUCCGACAAUGGGAAAAUUCAUCUACCUGGAUCAGGUUCUGCUCGAUCGUUUCUACGAUUUGGUGGACGCUUGUUGGUGGAACAACCUAUACUAUGUUUGGUGAUGUACUGUUCGGAAGGCGAUAAUCGUUAUCAUUCUGUUUAUUUGGCCAAUAAAAUUGCCAAAAUUAUCAAUGAUGAUGAUGCAAAUAAAAAUCAUCGAUGGCAAGAACCAUUCUCUUGGCGUAUGAUGUUUGGCGAAGAACCGCCCCCAGAAAUAUAUUGAAUAUUGCAUCAACAGAGUUUCACCUUGGUACAUUGAUUGAUUGAUUGCAAUGUACGAAACAAAUAUCAACUUAUAAAAAAUUUAUUAUUAUUUCAAUGAAGACUUGGAGUGAAUAACAAACUUUUGUUUUCAUUC